AUGACGUCAUGUGGACCUCAGUGGGAGGAGGAGGUGUGGAAAGGAAGGAUGAAGCUCUGCACGGGUCUACAGGGAAAGAAAGGGAGUCAUCGGAUUCUCCCAGGCUCAGGGCUCGCAGUGUCCCAGGACUCCCGUUGGAAGUUGGAAAUGAUGUGGCGGUCAGAGAAGGCUGCUGCUGGACCCCGGCUAUGGACAGUGUUCUUUAUAAGCAUCAUUGGAUGUCUGCUGGUAGAAGGCACCCCCCAGCUCACCUACCACCGUCCUGCACAGAGGGGCAAGAACUGGUGUGCGUACAUCGUGAACAAGAAUGUCAGCUGCACAGUCAUGGAAGGAACUGAGAGUUUUAUCCAGCCUCAGUACAAAUGUGCCUGGAAUCAGAUUCACUGUCAGCCAACAUUAGCUUAUAAGGUGAGCUUCAGGCCAAGAUACGUAACAUCCUAUAAAGUGGUCACAGAACUGGAGUGGAGGUGUUGUCCUGGUUUUAAGGGUCACGAUUGUAAUGAUGGACCUGCAGACAAGAUAAAAUUAACUCCCAUACAGACACCUCAACCAAGUGGAGGAAAGAAGGAAACAGACCCAAAUGGGCAACAACAAAAAGCCCAAGACUCCAAGCGAGAGCUUCAAGAAUUAAAUAAAGCACAAGAAGAAAAAGUUCAAGGUCUAGAAGAUGAGGUACUUCGACUCACACAGACUAUGAUCGACCUACAAACGUCUGUAUCAGGAGUGAAUGAAAACUUAAAGAUAACUGUUCAGGAAGACGUCAGUAAGUUCUUAAAUGAAUGGCUAAACAACCUGAGACCAACUGCUAGUGCCACCGGUGGUAAGACAGAAUACUUUUUGCCUGGAUUUUCUGGAAGUGCUGAGAGAGAGGAUGGAAUAAAAGAUAUUGUUUCUGAACUAACAACUGCCCAAGAAGAACUACAGACAAAAACUAAGCAAAUUGAAGACCUGACCAGAAAAAUCAAUUUGUAUGAGGAACGAUUAAUUGAACUAGAAAAAAAAUCCCAUGAACCGACAAAAACAGUGUCCACUGCUAAUGUGCUUCAGACAGACUUGGAUGACAAACUAGAAGCCCUGACUAAUGAGAUGAUGGAGGGUAUGGACCGAAAAAUGGCUGACCUGAAAAAUUCCUGUGAAUAUAAUUUAAUUAACAUUCAACAACAAUGUGAAGAGAAUGAGAAUAGCUGUUCGGGAGUCAAAGAGUUAGUUCUGGAAAAAGAGACAGAACUGCGGAAUGAAAUAAACAAGUUGAAAUCCCAAAUGCAGACUGUGCCAAAUGGCAGUUCAGGUUGUUGUAAGACUGCUGAUUUUGAUGCCACUCUUAAAGAUCUAAAUGAAAAAGUUGAAAGGAUUGCUGAUGCUCAUCGAACCCUUAAUUUCCGAGUAGACAGUGAAGUACAACGCUUUAAUGUGGUGCACCCAGAUCAGUCAUGGAACGAAAGAUUUAAUGACUUAGAGUUUAAAGUGAAUGUCACAGAAAAAAAUGCAGAGGAACACUGCUUUUACAUUGAGGAAACACUGAGAAGUUUAAUCAACACUAGCAUAGAAGAUGUAAGCAGUCUAAUUGACCAAAAAUUCCAACUGCUAGAGAAUAGACUGGAUGAAUUUGGCAAAAAUCAAGCUUCUUCUGAUUCCAGUCACUCAAUUUCUAGUACUGUUCUACAAGAUGUAGAUGACUUAAAGGAUGCUGUAAAAAGGCUUGACACUGAGCUCAAAUCAUCAAUGUUUGGCAAGAAUGGUUACUUAAAUAACAAGGAGGGUGAUGGUGAAAGCUAUCAAGUCUUGGUUCAGACCCAGUUGGGCAAUUCUGUUCUCCUAAAGUCACUGAUUGAUGCAAUGAAUGAAAAAUUUGAACAACUUCAAAACAAGACCUCAGAUCUAGAAGCCUUACACAGUGAACUGGGUCUGGUUAAAUUUGACCUUUACAAAAUUGAAGACAACAUUGAUGUAUUAAAUGAAGGCUUUGCCUCAAUGAAAGACCAGUUGAAGAAUCUGGACUCUGCUGUUAAGAACACUCAGCUUGAUCUAUCUGCAAAAAUAGAUGGUACAAAACGCCCUAACAAUACCUCAGACACUUUUGGAAACGACAAAUGCUGUAGUAAUCUGCAAGACAAGUUUGAAGUUUUAAAGCGUAACCUAACUACUGACAAAGGGAAAUGUACCGAUAAUAAUACUCAGGGAACCCGAACAGAGAUUGCUAAUAUUGAUGCCAGGGUUUCUAAGCUGGAAAAUGUGUGUGGAAAGCUGGAUACGAUUUCUGGUAGUCUGCAACGAAUUAAAGAUGGGCUUAACAAACAUGUUACCAGUUUAUGGAACUGUAUACACAACAUCAAUGGGACAAUAAAGUCACAUUCAAAGGACAUUAAUGGCCUUAAGAAUUCAGUCCAGGUGUUCCAAACUCAGGUCACCAAGAUCACUACUGAUCUUCAGGAUCUUAUGAAGCAUCAGCCUGGGGCAGGCACAGAGCCAAAACAAACUACAAAGCUUACACCACCACCACCAAGAGUAACAGAGAAACCCAGAGCUCCACAGCAUCCAGUAAUCCCUGUAGAACCACAACUACCUCAGGAACCAACUGACACAACACCAAAGCCAACGUCAUCCAAACCAGAGCCACCAAGCCCAACUGGCUCUAUUGUCAUACCUUUGUUUCCUAGACGACCUGACAUUAUUAUGGAGCAAGGUCAAGCUGGCCCUCCGGGAAGAAGCACUCAGUCUGGAUCUGGAAGGCAACAAGGUUCCAAUGGACAGCAAGAAAUGGAGCUGUCUAAAGGCUUUGCUGGCGCACCAGGUUAUCCUAAGCCAGCCAAAGAAUCAAAAGAUACUAGGACAAUAACAGUCUUUCCAGAAUCUAAAGGAGCUACUGCUACGACAGCUUUGAUAUCAUUUUCUGCUGGAAUAACUAAGCAUUCUUUUGAUGUUGGACUCAUUCCCUUCAAUCAAGUGUUGGUUAAUGAUGGAGAUCAUUAUAACCCCGCUACAGGAAUCUUCACAGCUCCCAUUGAGGGUCGAUACUUGGUCACUGCGGUUCUCACUCCAGAGCAGGAACAAUACCUAGAGGCUGUCCUGUCAGUGUCUAAUGUCAGUGUAGCACAGUUGCAUACAUCUGGAUAUAGAAGAGAGCUUCUGGAAUAUAGCGACCUAAGACCUGGAAGACAAAUUUGUGGUGGUGUAGGGACAUUCAACCUCGUUCUGCACUUGAAGGCUGGAGAUGAAGUCGCUAUUGUCUUAACCGGGGGCAAGCUUGCCAGUUCAGACUCUGAUGAUAUGUUUUCUACUUUUAGUGGUAUCUUUUUAUACCCAUCUUUAUUCCAGAGAUAGCUUCCUCCUCGUCAAUGAAGAGACAUUCUGAAAAGACAUUUAAUGAAAAAUGAAUUUGAAGUGUUAAUAUAUACUAUUUGCAAAUAAGUACUUAUUUUGUGAGUGAAUGUAUAAUAUAUGCUCUACCGUCUGGUAUUCACAUAGUUUUAAAAAAUGCUUUUACAUUGCUUUCAACACCUUUUUAUACUGCAAAAUAUUUUCUUAAAGUUUGUUUAUAAUUCAGCUUUGUGUACUGUUCUUAACUUGUUUUAUGUUUCCUUUUUACCACUGAAAGUGUUCUUUUUGCAUGUUUUAGAUUUUCUUUACUGUCCUACCUUUAGUAUGCCAGGGUCCAGAAAUAUAUUAUUUAAUAUGGUUUUGCAUGUUUUAGUUUGUCUAUUUAAAUGUUCCACUCUGUUAAAGAGUUAGUUUUUGCAAAAAUAAAUCUUUGCUAAGGCUACAUACAAAACUAUGCAUAGCUCUGCUAAGUGCCUUAUGUCACUGCCUGGUGUCAUGGAAAGCUAUAGAACCUACUGAGAAAUAAAAGGUAAAUUUACCUGUGUGAUAUAUCAAACAAUGCCACAUUUAUUUUCUUUUAUAUAAUGGCUUGCACAUGAAGCUGAAAUUCCAUGCAAUGGUGUUCUUGGUAAUUUAGAGUGUACCAAUGUUUAUUACCAUAGCAACA